GAAGACCCUGCGACGGGUUUGUUCCGUCCUCGAGACUACAUGCAGUCGCUCGAAGCAAGAGUCGCCUAUUUAGAAGGUCUACUCCAACAAGUCCGACCUGAUGUAGCCCAUCAACACGAUGCAUCUCUCGACCUGGAGGACCCGGCUGACCAGCUCUCCGCCGACGUUGCUCUGUUAUGCCUCACAACGGCAAGCAAGGAGCCUCACUACUUCGGUCCAUCCUCUGCUGUGUCAUUUUCCCGUGUUUUGGCGACGCCAUUUCCCAUCAGCUUCCCUUCGGCACCCCUCGGGACCACACUGUCUCAGGCCUACUUCAACAACAUCCAUCCUCAAUACCCUUUUUUGCAUCGGCCAACAUUUCGGUUUUGGGAAGAGCUAUGCUUCAAGGCCAAUAGCACUGGAAACCUUUCACUUGCUGGCGAUAUCGCCCAGUUCUUCGUCUGGAUGGUAUACGCGAUUGCAUCCCUAGCCCUUGGCCCUACCCAUUACGAUACAGCGGAAUCGUACUACAAUAUGGCGCUUGCACACCAGCCUUCAGUUUUAGAGCUUGACGGCAUUGAGUCAAUACAGAGCCUGCUUUGCUGUGCCGUCUACUCUAUCAGGUCCCCUGCUGGGGGAAGUUUAUGGAAACUGUCUGGACUGGCAAUUCGAUACAGCAUCGAGCUGGGCUACCACAGAAGUGCAUCAACAUAUCGCAAGAACUCGAAUCCUCUGAUUGCCGAGAUGUCCAAUCGAUGCUUUUGGGUGGCAUACGAUAUCGACCGUGUUGCAUCCUUUAUUCUUGGUCGGCCAGUUGGAAUUCCCGAUGAUUGCAUCGAUGCUGAGCUCCCUCUGGAUAUCAACGAUGAACAUAUCAACGCUUUGGGUCUGCUUCAGAGCCCUCGGGCCUCUCCAGAUGAGCCACCAACCAACAUGACAGGGGCCAUCCAUGUUAUCAAGCUACGUCGACUCUGGUCAAAGAUUGGCAACAGCAUCUAUCCUGCUAUCGCAAAGUGUUCUCCUAGCCAAGAGGUUGCAAAGAAGCCUUUGAUCGAUCAACUUGCUCAGGAGCUCGAAAGCUGGCAUGCCGAAAUCCCUCAGCCACCUGACACAGCUGGCCUGGAUCCAUUGUCCGUCUUUGCGUCUCGGGAGUGGUUCAAGCUGGCUUAUGACCACUCAGUCCUCCUUUUAUACCGUUACUGGAUCACGCACAAGCCACCUCCUGGGGAAGAGGAAUCUGUUGAGCAUGCACUUGAGACUUGCUCGCAGAAGGCGAAGGAAAUAUGCCUCCUCUACCGACGGCUGUUUCAGUACCAAUCUAUGCAGUUUACCUGGGGUUCAUUGCAUAUUCUCUUCCUUGGCGGCCUUACAUAUCUGUAUUGCAUCUGGAAAUCAGCAAGAGUGAGGCAAGCGGCCAAGAAAAUGGACGUUAUCAACACUUGCAUGGCCUGCAACACAGCACUUGUCAUUAUAGCCGAACGCUGGAGUAAAGCUACUCCGUACCGGGAUAUCUUCGAAGUGCUUUCUGAGAAAACCAUCGGCCUCGUUUGCGGAGACGAAUGGAGGCCGCAUGGCAACUCUCCUGCGCCACCUACCUCGCACUCGGGCGGAGCAGUGAACUCACAACCCCUGGAGGACUGGAUUAUGGAGCUUGGCGCCAGCGAUAUGCCGACGGAGUCUGAGUGGUUUGUCCAGCAGCUACUUCAAGGGAUGCGGAACACACAAACGGAUAUCACAGCCGAAGCACCUCCGACAUCUUUAGAUAUGUAA